AUGGAAAAAUCCAAUCGAACAGACCAAACCGACGAUCUCUACACCAACAAAACCGAAUCCCUCGCAUUCAAAUGCACCCUACCGAAUUGCGGAAAGGCCUACAAAAAGAAAUAUCUCCUCCAAGAGCAUUUAAACAAACACAACAAACUCAGACCGUUCGUUUGCACGAUCGAGGCAUGCUCGAAAACCUUCACCAAAGACUCGCACCUGAAACGCCACAAAACCCAAGUACACGAACGGGCUAGCGAGACGGCCUGCGACGUAAAAGGCUGCGGGAUCGUUUGCAACAACAUAUACAGCCUGCGGAAACACAAGAAUCGCAUGCACAACCCGUCGAAUUGUCCGUUUGUUUGCAAUAUUUGUCACGAAGGGUUCGAGAAGAAGCGACAGUUUCAACAGCACAAUUACAAGCACACGGGCGAGCCGCCGUUCAAAUGCAAUUUAUGCAACAUUGGGUUCCUGAUGCAAAGGGAUUUAACGAAACAUAAAAGAAAUCAUAAAAGUUAUUCGUGCGAUUGCAAUGAAACGUUCAACAGAUGGUCCGAUUUGUGUGCACACAAAAAAAAUUGUUCUAACGAAGAUAUCGCUUGCGAAAUUUGCCAGAAAAAAUUCCAAUCGAAAGUGAAUUUGAGAGCGCACAAACGAAAAAUCCACGAGGAAUCCGAAACGUUUUAUUGCCCAUACGCUGAUUGCAAAAGGAGUUACAAGUACAAGAAAAAUUUGAACUUUCACAUUACAAUUUACCAUGAAAAAGAUGCCGACGCGGAAUUCCCUUGUCCCACUUGCGGAAAGAAGUUUUCUUUAAAGACCUAUUUAGACCGCCAUAUCAGAUCGAUGCACGACAAACCGAAAACUCGAAAAAAACUGAGAGCUCCGCGAAAAGACAAAGGAUUAUCGCGUACAUUUAUGGCAGCGAAACUAUCAGGGAUUAAUUUGACGCCAAAAGAACACAAAGAAUUAUUAUUUGUAUCGAACAAUUCCGAACCGGUCCCGGACCGAUCCCAACAAGCUAACGAAAUAAGAGAUUCUAGUCAAAUCGACGGAGAAAAUUUAAUCGAACGCCGAAAUCUAAUCGAUAAAAUCGAGGAUUUGAUACAUUCUCGCGUUGAAUCUAUUUCUAAAGAAUCGAUUGUUAGCGAAACGUUUCCCGAUGAUAUAUUAGUCGAUUGUAAUUCCGUAUUGGAUGCCAUUGAAAAUUGUUUAUCGCAAAAAUUAUAA